AUGGCUGAAGAAGCGGUGAUCUUCCCCUCUCAGCCUCUGUUCAUGGUGGACAGAGGCUGGCAGCGUCGCAAAAAGGUGAAGAAUGAUGGAUUCUCUCACGAGUUCGACAUCCAAACCUCGCGCGUGCCUGAGGUCACCAUCAAGGUGGCGAAUUGGUCACCCAAGACGAGACCAAGGUCACCACACGAAGCCAAAUGCACCGAGAGGCAAGCGAAAACCAGUACGAAGGAGUCAAGCCAGGUGCAGUUUCUGGCCUACAAACCCCCCGUGGUGAAACAAAAGCAGCGUGGCAAAUCGAAGAAGUAUGAAGCACGUAAAAGGACAUCCGAUGAAAUAACAGGGGCUGGUGAUAAGCUUCCUAUUCCAAGUACCAAGACGGUGGCCGCCAGGGAGGACAUAUUCUUUCCCAGGCAGGUACUUCCUGGUACAGCAACAGCCCUCUACACGGUCAUCGACCCUGAAGUCCGCUCUUUCCAAGAGUUUAUGAGCUACUACCCGACACGACUUGCUGCAGCGAUGUAUCCGAUCAGCAGAAAGGUGCAGCUCACAUACAACCCGAUAGAAACUAUAUGGCUACCUGCAGUUGUGACAGACGAGGUCGCCCUGCACACGAUCCUGUUCUCAUGUGCCACACACUUCUCCCUCAAGUUUGGGCAUCUAACGUUCAAGGAUUCACACUUGCUCAUGAAGGUGAUUCUCAAUCGACUGAACCGGCGACUCCACGACGGCAAGUAUUCGGACCUGACAAUUGGUGCCGUGUCGUGCCUGGCGCUGAAUGAGAAUCAUCUGGGUAACCACCAAAAAUGGGAAAUGCAUGCCGCUGGGAUGUCCGAAAUGGUACGAACACGAGGCGGAUUCGAGGCGGUGAAAGAUGCCUUGCACAUGAAGAUCUAUCGAGCCGACACGAUUGGUGCCGUUGAUACGCUCUCCCAUCCUCAUUUUCCGCGCCCACCCAGAACGACAAAGUCGCUCUAUAGUACGAUGGUACUUGAUUCAGAAUUUAUAGCCACUGAAGCGCAGGGUUGGGACCUCCAUUUGGCACCGUCUGUGUCGAAUGCUCUUACCGAGCUCGCAUACUUAUGCCACGCUCUCGGCCUUGCCGCUGACUUGCAGAUACUGGUUGACCCUCUUGCCUUCGACGAGGAUGUGACGUGUAUUCAGCAUGACCUGCUACGGUCACAGAAUUCAAGUCAGGGCGCUGUCGAAAGGGUGUGCGUGAUAGCAGCACUGGUCUUCAUACAGACGCUCACCCGAGAGAUCCCAUUCACCAGACUUUACUCUGGCCAUCUUUCUCGGCAGCUGAAAAUAGCCUUCCUUGCCGUCGAGCCUACAGCAUUGCCCGAUGCCUUGAUAUUCUGGCUUCUUUUCAUGGGGGGCCUGGUAUCUGUCGACACGAACGAGUACUACUGGUUCCGGAAACGUUUAAUGCACUUUCGGAGUAUCCGACACGAGUUCCUCACUUGGGAAGAUGUCAAACGUCAGCUUCAGAAAAUAUUCUGGAUCGGCAACCUUCAAGAAGACUACGGAUUGAGCCUUUGGCAAACUAUCGACGCAUCUACCGAGUUACCAAGCAAUCCAACUACGGCUUGGACAGAUAUGGAUCAAAGUCAUCCCCAUCAAGAAACAUGUUGA